AUGGAGUUUGUGCCUGCGCUGUGUGCUGCGGGCACAAUUGGCAUCGCUCCCGCCGGACUCGCCCUGGGCCGCCCCGAGGCCAGCACCGCCAGCAGCACCGCCAGACGCCCCUCGGCCCUCGCAUACCAACGAGCAUCCUUCUUCGCCGGCCAGCCUGCUGAGGCCUCGCUGCAGUCGCCUCUCGCGCCGCUGUCUCCUCUGUCGCUGCCGCCCGUCUUCUCUCCGCUGCAUGAGCCCGAGAGCCAGCUGAGCCCGUCCAGCUCGCUCAGCCCGCGCCGCCUGCCCCUGGACGAGGAGCUCUCGACCGCCGCGAAGCUGGACGCCCUCAUCCAGCGGACAGACGAGAAGAUCCUCCUGCGGCCGCGGCGAGAGAACAACCAGACCGUCCUGGCCCGCGAUGUCGAGAUAGAGCCCGAGCAGGCGCCCGCUCUCGAUCCCUCAGCCUCUGCGCGGCCGUCCUCUUCCUGGGUGCGCCGCCUGUCCACCAUCACCUCCUCCGUCUACGGCACCACCAGCUCCGCCGUCAGCUCGCGGCCGCAGUCUCCCUCUGUCAACGGCUCGACGGCCCCAUUCUUCCCCCAGAAACAGCAUCGCAGCAAUCGAUCCUCCCUGCCGCCAAACAAGCUCGUCAAGCGCUCGACCUCCCAGCUCGAUUUCCCAGACUCCCCUACCUCCCCCUGCUACAGCCAACACCCCUACCACGACUCCUCGAGGCCGCGCCGCUCAAACUCCAUCAUCCGGCGCCCGGCUACCAGCCAUCAACGGAGCGCUGCUGCUGCUGCUGCCAUGAGGAACCGCUCUGCUACCGAGUCCAACGUCCUGGACGCUGCUGGCUGCUUGGUGCCGCCGCACACUUCCUGCUCUUCGUCGUCCCCCCUGGCGUCUCCCCAUCAUCUCCAUCCUCGUCCGCUUUCUUCUACCUUUCCUUCUGCUUCUUCUGCUCCUGCUCCUUCUGCUCCUCCAGGGGAACCCGUCUGGCGCCCUUACUUUCGCGGAAUCGCUUCCAACUUCUCCUCCAUCCGCACGCGGCGGCGGUCCUCUUCGGUCAGACAGAGGCGCGAGCGCUCCCAGCAGCAGCUUCAUCUUCUGCUCGAGCAGCCUGACGUCGUGCCCACCCUCGUCCUGGCAUCCGCCAUCAAGCCCCAGGAUGCCGCUCAUACUCCUCCUCGCUUUAGCUCCAGUUUCAAGUCGUCAGAGCAGCCCCGCCAGCAUCUGCAUCAGCAUCAGCGCCAACCGUCAGACCUAGCUUCUUGGAGCAGAGCUGUCCCCGUUGCGCGCAGCCAGGUCUCUCGCAUGCUGAGUUCAAAAAAAGAGCAGGAUUCGGAGACAGAGACUGAGGCCGAACCUGAAUCAGAACCUGAGCCUGCUCUGUUACUGUCAACUUCAGCGCCCCUGACUCCCUUUGCAGCAGAAUCAACGACAAAAAACCCUCCUCAGCCGUGGGAAGAGUCGAUAGCUAAGCUGCAGCGGCGGCAGCAGCGUGCCUCCCUCGACCUGAAACGCAACCCGCAUUCAGACAGUGAGGUCCGGACCAGCAAGAGUGAGCGGCUGAGCGGGAACUCGAUGCGCUCGCGGCGGAGGAAGAACAUCACCGACCCUGACAUAUUUCAACGGCCGGCCACUUCCCACCACCACCAACAACAACAUCAACACCAACACCAACCACUACAUCUACGUCUACAUCAUAACCAGCGGCACGAUCCUGAUGAUCACUUCGAUACUAACCACGGCGAUAACAGCCACCACGACCAAUCAGAGGACCAAGACCCCCUCGAGCCCGUAUCCCCCAAGACGGUCUCAAAGGCUAAGCCUCGCCUACGGCAUUUGCCACAGUUCCACGACCUGCGCAACGAGCUCCUGAACGAAAGACGGUCAGCGCCGUCCUCGGCCUCUGGCUCCAGGCAGUCAUCUGCCGAGCAGAAGAUCUACAGCGCACCACGAGACCGCGACCGAGACCAGCGGCUCUCCGUGACUGCGUCAGACCCGGCGUCGACCGUCCCCGGCUCUGAUAAUGAUACCCGCAUCUUCUCGUCCGGCGAGGAAGACGAGACCGACUGCCACAGCGACACCAUCUUCGACUCCUACCCGACGCGCGCCACAAGCAGCAACAAGUCGACGUCCACCCCCCGGGGGCCCAGGAUAGAUACCCUCUUCGACAAGCCCGACGACGUCACUGUCACUCCAAAGCAGCAGCAACAACCACAAAACUACUAUCCAGAUGAACUGCACUUGUCUUCGUCGGUCGUCUCGUCGGUUCGGAAGAGGUCAGACCUAGUCGUACUCGACGCCCUCGGCCAUAAUAACGGCAGCCUGAGGCACGCCUCGUCCUCAGAGGCUGCCGUCCGGAGAAUGUCGCCCUCGCCCAAGACCGUCAUCACCGGCCCAUCCCAGCGAGCCAGCCGGAAGUCCAGCUACUUUCCUGCUCCCUCAGCCGACAGCGCAGAGAAACUGCGGUUUUUCGCCGAGACGUCGGAUGAUGAUUAUGACGACGACGACGACGACGACGAUGACUUCCCCAUGGCGCUUAACUCGCCCCCUCACUCCAGGUCGGCUAUCACGCUGUCAAAGGCAUCGGAGGCCGGCUCGAGGAUGAGCGUGUUUGACUGGUCGGAGCAGCAGAAGCCUUCCAAGGACGGCGACAGCGCUGGGUAUCGGCCAAAGACCGCGCAUGAGAAGAACCUGCUUGACUUGCGCGGAGGACGCUCGACCGCGCGCAGUGCACCCAACACUCUCCAUCUCAGAAGCCAGAGUGUGCCCAUCGCAACGAAGGAGUCGACGGGGCAAAAGGACGCCGGCUUCCCUCUCAAGUUCGGCACCUGGGGGCUCGGCAACAAGGGUCCCAGCGAAGACUGGGAUGGCGACUUCGACUUCGAGGACUCGGAUGACCAGCCGUUCCCUGGCUCCCUGGCCAACGGCAAAUGCUCUACCAGCAGCAUGAAGGUUCCCCAGGCUAUAUUGGAUCGGCAGGAGAGCGUACAUGGCCAAUACGGCCUCGUCCAGGAACUCACCGUCCUGGUCGAGGAACUCAAGCGACUCCAGGCCCAGGCCAAAGCGCUGAACAUCCUGGAAGGCCAGUCCGGAGAAUUAUGGAAAGAGGCACAGGGGAUCAUAAACCUUGCAACCCUUGAAGAAGACGAUGACCAACCACGUUCAAACGGCUGCAGCAGCAGGCAUCAACGCCAGCGAUCCUCAUCAGCCACAACGUUUGACUCGGGUAACUUUGGCCUGGAAGCUUCCCCUGAGCCCAUGCCCAUGGCCACCAAGCAGAACAGUAACGAGAGCCAGGGCCAGGGCAAACAGUCCUCUCCUCUUCCCGGCAAAGAAAACGCCGACCCAAGCGCCAAUAUCAACGCUACUUUCCCGUUGUCCAAGAAGCCACGCAGAGAGUCCUCAGUCAGAGCAAGAUCAGUGCUAGAUAACAUUCAUCAUCUCCGAGAGCUUCACAACGGCAACUCGACCGCCUCUCUACCAACCCAUGAUAGCCAGCAGCGCUUCGCCUUUGAUACCCAGUCACUCCGUGAUCUCGUCGUCCGUGCCGGCGCCAUAACUCGCUCUCUAAAGGACAUCGUCCGCAAAGCAGAAGGAGUCUACGUCCCGUCCGAUACAAACUAUCUCACCCCCGACCCACCCUUCAGCCAAAUAUUCGUCCAUCCUUCACAACCUAUACCUGCGAAUGGACUCUCCUGA